AUUCCACACAGGAAGGUCACACCAUCCCCCACCAUCAUCAGGGUGAAGAUCUGAUGAUCGUAAAAGUUGAGUGUGACGUAGAAGAGACGUAUGUGAGGGAUGAUCAGCAAUAUACGAAGGAGGCUGGAAUGACGAGGACAUUCAUAGAGGAGGACACUCCUAGAGAGAAUAGCACAGGUGACCCGUAAUAUAUUCUUCUCUUAUCUCUGCUCUGUUACUGCUCACUGAUUGGGCAGAAUCUGAGUGGUAUCAGCAAAUGUCUUCUCUCGGAGGAGGUCCAAAGGCCGUUUGACUAAAGAGGGGAAGAGUCCCAGCUGGUUGGGACCUCCACAGAGAACAUCUCCUCACUCAUAUCUACCUGAUCCAGAUGGAAUCUUGAUGGAAGUGAACUAACCCUCUCAGAUAUAUUGAUGAUGUUUUUCUAUUUUUCCAGGACACGCCAUGGAGAAACCCUCAAAGGAUCGUCUCACUUUAUCUCCAGGUUGUAAAAUUGAAGAUGAGGACAUCACAGGAGAUUGUGGAGGAGAAAAGACAAUGAGCUCCACUAUGGAUGGAGGACUUCACAGUGCGGAUAGACCAUGGAAUCCCUCUGACUCUGAGCAACCUCAAACUGUGGUGGGUGGGGCCGGAAUUGAGGGGGAGGAGACAUUUCCCUGCCCUGAAUGUGGGGAAACUUUUAGCUCCAAUCUUAGUGUACUUCAGAGAUCCCUCACAGGAGAGAAGCUUAAUUUCUUCCCUGAGUGCGGGAAAUGUAAUCCACAGAUAUCAGACCUUGUUACACAUCAAAGAUCUCACCCAGGAGAGAAGUCGUAUUCCUGUUCCGAAUGCGGGAAAUGUUUUUCUUGCAAAUCAAAACUGGACAUACAUUACAGAAAUCACACGGGGGAGAAGCCGUAUCCCUGCCCUGAGUGCGGGAAAGUUUUUUCACGGAAAUCCAGUCUUUCUGUUCAUCUGAGAUUGCACACUGGUGAGAAACCGCAUUCCUGUUCUGAAUGUGGCAAGAGUUAUACACAGAAAUAUGAACUUGUUUUACAUCAAAGAUCCCACACGGGUGAGAGGCCAUAUUCCUGCUUUGAGUGCGGGAAAUGUUUCUCAGAUAAGAACAGUCUUUCCAGGCAUCAGAUUUCACACACGGGUGAGAAGUUGUAUUCCUGCCCUGAGUGUGGAAAAUGUUUUGCACGGAGGCCCGAUCUGUCCAGACAUCUGAGGUGGCACACGGGUGAGAAGCCGUAUCCCUGCCCUGAUUGCGGAAAAUGUUUUCCGCGGAAAUCUGGACUUGCUGUUCAUCAGAGAUCUCACACAGGGGUUUGUCCAUAUUCCUGCGCUGAGUGUGGAAAACUAUUUGCAGAGAAGAGCAGUCUUUCCAGACAUCAGAGAUUGCACACGGGCGAGAACGUGCAUACCUGCUUCGAGUGCGGGAAAUAUUUCCCCCGAAAAUCAGACCUUGUUGUACAUCAAAGAUCUCACACGGGUGAGAAGCCGUAUUCCUGCCCUGAGUGCGGGAAACUAUUUUCAGAGAAGGGCAGUCUUUCCAGACAUCAGAUAUUGCACACGGGCGAGAACGUGCAUACCUGCUUCGAGUGCGGAAAAUAUUUCCCCCGAAAAUCGGACCUCGUCGUACAUCAAAGAUCUCACACGGGUGAGAAGCCGUAUUCCUGCCCUGAGUGCGGGAAAUGUUUUACACAAAAGUCUCAUCUUCCCAAACAUCAGAGAACCCACACAACCCUCAAAGUCAAUUAGUGUCCUGAGUGUGGGAAAUGUCUUCUAUAUGGAUCAUAUUUUGCUGUACAUCAGAGAUCUCACACUGGGAACUGGUGACACCCACCAGAGAGGUGACAGGGCCAUCAGGGGGGGCAACCACGUGUAGGGGGUCCUGGCGUCACUAGCAGUGUUGCCAAUGUUCUGUGGCUCAGCCACUGUAGUCCUGCCUCCCGUCCGCCACUAGCAGCAUUAGUGGUUGGGUGCUGGGGCGCCACCUGGCGUCUAGCAACCAACCACGUAGUAGGUCCGCCCCAAGCAUUCAGUUAACGGAACUUCCUCCUCCAGACCUGGCUGAUGCACUGUGUUCCCGAGCCCGCCAAAUCCCACCCAUUGAGUCCCGCCCACUAAGUCCCACACACAGAGUUUAAGCUACUGGGUCCCAGCUCCCAUCCAACCCUUGGUAAGGUAAUUCAACAUGUGGGACCUCUAAUGAUGGGGACACUGAUGGAGGACCUCUAAUUAUGGGGACACUGAUGGAGGACCUCUAAUUAUGGGGACACUGA